CAGGAAAUGCCCAGGAGAGGGUGUCACCUGGGCAAGCCCGACGACGUGUUGAUUCCCAGGAUCGCCGCCUUCCCGGGUCUGGGCCUCCGAGUCCCGAGCCCGAUCGCGCUCACCUGUUCCCCAGGCGCGGCCCCGGGGAGCCCUGAGACGCUCCCGAGACCGCUGCUCUCCCUUCAACUCCACAACCAUGAGCAAGUUGGGCAAGUUUUUUAAAGGGGGAGGCUCUUCCAAGAGCCGAGCUGCUCCCAGCUCCCAGGAAGCCCUGGCUCGACUUCGGGAGACAGAAGAGAUGCUGAGCAAGAAACAAGAGUACCUGGAAAAUCGAAUCCAGAGGGAGCUCAGCCUGGCCAAGAAGCACGGCACGCAGAAUAAGCGAGCUGCAUUACAGGCACUAAAGAGAAAGAAGAGGUUUGAGAAGCAGCUCACUCAGAUUGAUGGCACACUUUCUACCAUUGAGUUCCAGAGAGAAGCCUUGGAAAACUCACACACCAACACGGAAGUGUUAAGGAACAUGGGCAUUGCAGCAAAAGCCAUGAAAGCAGUUCAUGAAAACAUGGAUCUGAACAAAAUAGAUGAUUUGAUGCAAGAGAUCACAGAGCAACAGGAUAUUGCCCAAGAAAUCUCAGAAGCGUUUUCUCAACGAGUUGGAUUUGGCGAUAACUUUGAUGAGGAUGAGCUGAUGGCAGAACUUGAGGAACUGGAGCAGGAAGAAUUAAAUAAGAAGAUGGCAAAUAUCCGACUUCCAAAUGUGCCUUCCUCCUCCCUCCCAGCACAGCCAGACAGAGUACCAGGUCGCAUGUCAAGCACGUCCUCCUCUGCACAUCGAUCCCGAGCAGCAUCUUCCAGGAGGGCAGAAGAAGAGGAUGAUGAUAUCAAACAAUUGGCAGCUUGGGCUACUUAAAACAGAAUGUUUGGACACCGAAAUUAAUGAGCUGUACAUAAGACACAAAAAAAAUGUUUUUGCCAAAUAUAGAGGUUAACAAAGAUUCUGUUUUGUAUUUUUACUGGAUGAAUAAUUGUCUUUUAAGCCUCAUAGGUAAAAGUUAAAAAAGGAGUCAUGUGUAGAUUUAGGAUCCAGGAUGGAAUGGGACUUCCUGGUAGCAUUUUGGAGGAUCUCUCCAUACUGAUGGGAGGGGGCAUUCUACCUUGUUCACUAUUGUAUUAUUUGCAGUCCUGGCACAUAGUUGGUACUCUCUAUAUAUUUGUUGAAAGAAAACUGAAUUCUAUGAACAUAUAAAACAUAUAACAGUUUAUAAGCAACUUAAGAGUGAUGACGUGUUUAGGAAAGAGGGGGAAAAUAACUUUCUUUCCUAUGAGAAUGCAAGUUUGCUGUGUGUAUCCAUGUUGUAGCCCAGGGUGAAUGUAUAAGAAACGUAUCUCUUAUAGGAGAUAGAGAAGUUUGUAGAGAAGUCUUGUGUGAGUCUAUACAUAAAUAGUUUCACUUGAGUUUUGCAGUUUAAAAUCUUAAAGGAGUUUUAAUUGACAUUUAUUAUGCCAAUUAAGCUUGGAAUGGGACAAUGGAUGCAUUUCCCAAAAUGUCUGAAAGCACCAACAGCUUACACUGCUGAGCGAGAAUCUCCUGGGUGUAAUUUAGUCAUGUAGGGGGCUGCAUUAACAUUCCCAGUCCAUUAUGAUGCUGUAUGGCUUCAGCGUGCUAAAUGUGUGAGUAUUCAUUCUUUUCUGUUUUGUGCUCUCUUGUACAUUUAUUUACACUUUACAUCAUAUUCCUUGUAAAUAUGUAAAAAUAUAGGAAAUUAAAAGUAUAUCUUGA